UUUUCUCAAUUUAUAUCUUGAUCUGACAAAAUUGCUGAUUUAUCAGCAGUGCCAUUUCUCGAUUUCUCUCGUCCUCUCCACCUCCUCCUCCCUCCCUUUCUCUCUCACUCCACAUUCCAUCCAUCAUUCCUCUGAUAAUACAGACCACUGCGUCACUCCUUCAGCGCCUCAUUCCGCUCAGCAUCCAUCCGUCCUCCGACAGCACUAUGGACAGCACAGUUUCAGCCUACUCUGAGAAGCUUAGAGAGAUGUCAGUGUUGUCUCUCCUCUGCUCUUGUUUGUAUUCCCAGCCUCUUCCCAACACCUUUGGUCAGUUUGUAGAUAUGGAGGUGAAGUCGCUGGAUAAGCGAGCUUCUGGUCAGGCAUUUGAGGUCAUCCUGAAGAGUCCAACUGAGCCGUCUCCAGAGAGAGCCCAGACUCUUGCACUGCCUCCCCAGAAGAAGGAGCCUUCCCUGGGGGAACUACAGAGGAGGCUGGAGGCCGCCGAGGAGAGACGGAAGUCUCAGGAGAAGCAGGUGCUGAAGCAGUUGGUGGAUAAACGGGAGCGUGAGAAGGAGGUGCUCACCAAGGCCCAGGAGGUCAACAACAACUACAGCAAGAUGACCGAGGAGAAACUCCACCACAAAAUGGAGCUGAUCCAAAAGAAUCGCAUGGCCCAGCUCGGUGUUCUCAAGCAGCGUCUGAGAGAGAAGGAGCUUCACGCUGCAGAAGUCCGUAAGAAUAAGGAACUUCACACUGACCUCUCUGGCUAAGGACACUCUCUUUGACGCCAGAGCUGUGAGAUGUCCAUUUGGAGAAUCAAACUCACCUUAUCAGUUUACCUUAUCAAUAAGAGCAUAUAACAGUAUCCCACAAACAAUUACAUGGACAAAAGUAUGUGAACAUCCUAACACCACAGCCAUACGUGCUUGUUGAUUGUUUAAUUUGAGACGCAUGGGCAUUAAUGUGCAGUUUGUUCUUCUUAAAGUCUAGUUCGGUGUCCUAGUUCAUUCCAAAGGUAUAUAGGUCUGGACUUUGUGUAGGCCUGUGAAAAUCUUUGACCUUUCUUGAUGGACCUUGACUUGUGCGAUGUCCCCAAAUCAACAUCUUCUGUUGAUCGUAGAACAAGAAGUCUUAUCACUUUCCCUAAACUCAACCUUUACUUUUUCAUGGCUAAAAUCAGAGGAAAGUUGAUAAAAAUGUUGUUCAAGUUACUUCUUAUUCCUUAGAAUCUGAUUGGCUGAGGUUGAUCCAGGAAGAAACAUGCCCUACUUGGCAGAAAAGCGUCACCCAAAGCUGUUGAACAAUCUCCAGAAUGUCACCGUAUAGAGUACCGUUGAGAUCUGUAAUUAUUUGACUAGCCAAACACAUUUAUUGCAAAGAGGUGUCCACAUACUUUUGACCAUGAAGUUUAUCUGCCAGCUGACAAAAAACCUACAACUUAGACCAGCUUAAAGACUUGUUUUCAGAUUGGCAUUAAUGAUAUGUCAUUGACACAAGCUGAUUAAGAGGGUUGUUGUUGCUUAUAAACCAGCCAAACCAGUAAGCUAACUAAAACCAUCAUGAUACUGUCAAAGCAUAUCUUAAUGUGUAACCAGCA